UGGCGUUAUGGUUUUGCUGAAAAGACGUCUGAGAAGAAAUAUCAGACAAAAUAUCAUCAGUGUUACUGCUGACUUGUUUCCCGACCACAGGGAAAGUCUGUACAUUGUGCUUUGUCACUGUCAGAUACUGUUUCCCUUAUAUUUUUGAGUUCUCAUACAUAACAGACUGUUGCUACUGAUUUGUUCCCACACCACAGGUGAGUUAACAGAGUUUUAUCCUUCUAAAUGUGUUCAUUGUCAAUGUCAGAUACUGAUUCGACACCGUUCUAUAUGAAUAACUUUCCUUAUGUAUCAGACUGUUACUGCAGUCCUUUGACUUUCAUCGUUCUAAAACUAAGUACAGUAUGUUCAUAUGUCCAUGUUCUAAGUAAAUAGUAGAAGUUCUGUUACUGCUCACCUGUUUACACAGCAAAAGUGAAACAGCUGAUUUAGUGAAGUUUGAGCAUUCUAAAUAUGACCUUUAAAGCAGUGGAAACACAUCCUGAUGGCUAGAGCUCGUGCUAUCAGAUAAGGUUCCCCCUCUACUUUUCACAUACAGAUGUGUCCACAGCUGUCAAAAUGGUACUACUGACAUGUUUACAGCCUCUAAGUGACUCAGCCGAGGUUCAUCAUUCUAAAUAUGUCCAUGAUAGCAAUUCAUUAAUUAAUUUAUAUAAAUUCUUGAACAAACUAUUUAAUAUUAAAAGAUAAAAAAAAACCUAACAUUUAAUUUAGUAACAGUGGCAGAGGUUUUGCUUCAGGUGUCUGUAGAAUUUAUUAAAAAUACGACUAACAUCUCCACAUAUGCAGUGACUUUUCAUAAUUUCUGUAUUUGUGCUCUUCUCUCUCUCACAGAGAGAGAGAGAGAUAGAGAGAAAGUAUUCUAAAAGAAAAUGAAACUCAGAAUGCCUCUCCUUCUCUGAUCGUGUGUUGUUAUUGUUGUUGUUGGUCUUUCGGCUGCUCCCAGCAAGGGGGCGCCACAGCGAACUACCCGGGCCGCACAACAACUUGGCAGAGGUUUUUUUUAAGUAAGAAAAUGGCUGAGGCCAGUAUUUCAGUAGAUCAGCUUUCAGUGGAUCAGUUCAUCUGCCCAGUGUGUCUGGAUCUGCUAAAGAUUCCGGUGACUCUCCCCUGUGGUCACAGUUUCUGUAAGGUGUGUAUUAAUGACUUUUGGGAUCAGGAGGAUCAGAAGGGCGUCUACAGCUGUCCUCAGUGCAGAGAGACUUUCACUCCAAGGCCUGUUCUACGCAGAAACAACAUGCUGGCUGAAGUGGUGGAGAAACUAAAGAGGACGAAUGAAGUCCAACCUGCUUCUCCUGCUCACUGUUAUGCUGGACCUGGAGAUGUGGAGUGUGAUUUCUGCACCGGGAGAAAAAACAAAGCCGUCAAGUCCUGUUUGAUGUGUCUGGUUUCUCUUUGUGAAACUCAUUUAAAACCUCAUCUAGAACUUUCUGCUUUAAAAAAACACACAUUAAUUGAAGCUUCAGCAAAACUCCAAGAGAAGAUCUGCUCUGAACAUGAUGAAGUGCUGAAGAUCUACUGCUGUACUGAUCAAACCUGUAUUUGCUCCAUGUGCAUGUUGGAUAAACAUAAAGGCCAUGAUGCUGUAACAGUUGCAGCAGGACGAGCUGGGAAACAGAAUGACUUAAAGGAGAAGCAGAUGAAAUCCCAGCAGAGAAUCCAGGAGAAGCAGAAGAAGGUGCAGGAGCUGAAACAGGCUGUAAACACUAUAAAGCUGAGUGCACAGACAGCAGUGGAGGACAGUAAGAUGAUCUUUACUGAGCUGAUCAGCUCCAUGGAGAAAAAGCGCUCGGAGGUGACGGAGCUGAUCAGAGCUCAGGAGAAGGCUGAACUGAGUCGAGCUGAACGACUCCUGGAGCAACUGGAACAGGAGAUUGCUGAACUUCAGAGGAGACUCACUGAGCUGGAGCAGCUUUCACACACACACGAUCACAUCCAGUUCCUCCAGGUUUUAGCGUCUGGAGGUCAGUUUUUCCUGGAAAACAAACCAGAUUUUCAGACAUCCAGCAUCAGUGUCCAUCAACAUCUCUCAUUUGAUGGAGUGAUGAAUUCUUUCUCAGAUCUGAAGAAGAGACUUGAGGAAUUCUGUGAGGAGGAAUUCAACAAAAUCCCUCCACAUGCUGCAGCAGUUCAGAUCUUUUCACUACCAGAGCCACAGAGCAAAGAUGAGUUUAUGAGAUGUAUACACACACACAUACACACACAGACAUUAUAUUAUGCACACAGACAGCUGUCUCACUCUUCACAUAAAUAUACAGUGUGCUUUGAAUUAAACCCAUCAUAUUUAUAUUUUCAGUUUGUUUUAUUCUCUUUUAUUUUAGAUUUCUGUCAUCUGACUUUGGAUCCCAAUACGACACAUCCUAACCUCAUUCUGUCUGAGAAGAACAGAGCGGUGAGAGAGAGUACGACAGUGCAGCAGUACUCUGAUCAUCCAGAGAGAUUUGAUUACUUGUGUCAGGUGUUGUGUAAGGAGAGUGUGUGUGGACGCUGUUACUGGGAGGUGGAGUGGAGCGGUGCUGGUGUGUCCGUAUCAGUCUCAUAUAAAGACAUCAGAAGGAAAGGACUGGGUAAUGAGUGUGUGUUUGGCCAAAAUAAUCAGUCCUGGAGUCUGUGGAUUUCUUCUUCUUCUUCUCCUUCUUCUGCUUCUUCUCUCCUUUUCUAUCACAACAACAUUAAGACUGAUCUCAGAGCUCCAUCAUCCUCCAGAAUAGGAGUGUAUGUGGAUCACAGUGCAGGAACUCUAUCCUUCUACAGCGUCUCUGACAUGAUGAAGCUCCUCCACAGAGUCCACACCACAUUCACUCAGCCUCUGUACGCUGGGUUUGGGCUCUUCAGAUGGUCUGACUCUACUGUGAGAUUGUGUGAUCCAAAAUAAAGUGUGAACACACACUUACACAUGUUUAUAGUCGAUGAGGAUAAUAGAUUACAGUAACAUAUGUAACCAACUACUAGUACACAUCAUUACUUACUAAGUGAAGUGUGUGUGUGUAUGAUGUUGUGUAUUGUUGUGGAAUAAACUAUUGGUUAUGAGCUACAUACUUAAAU